AUGGCUGAAACCGCGACUUCAACACGGACAGGAUUUCUGGACUUCAGUCCAGUAAGGAGAUGCAACGCGAACAAGGAGAACGAUGUUCCAAUUUUGAGUUUGAUCCAGUUUUCAAAGGCUCCUUUUGUGGCAUUUGGGACAGUAAAGUUGGGGACAUCCAAGUCGGCUGUUCUGCGAAUUGAGAAUCCUACGGAGGAUGCAGAAGCGGAGGUUACAGUUGAAAGGAUCCCCUCAACUAAAGGCUUCUCUGUGGACCACAACACGUUCACCAUUCAGCCUGAGGGCUCUUUCAGUUUGACAGUAACCUGGACUCCAGCAGAAGAAGGUGGGAUCAGAGAGCUCAUCAUAUUCAAUGCCAAUGGGGUCCUCAAGCAUCAGGCUGUUCUGCUGGGGAGAGCAGAAGCACCAAAAAAGAAAAAGAAAAGCUUAUGGGACACAAUCAAAAACAAAAGGGAAGGUGAGAAAGUAGCUGUCCCUAGGAGAAAGAAAAUGGAGCCCCCCCUGAAGAUGGCAGCCAAUAAAACCUUCCAAGUGUCCCGAAAGCCGCAGUACAAACGGGAUAAGCCACGCAGCCCGCUUGCUUCACUCAAUGAGGGCAAAGCUAAGGCUAUAAAUCCCAACCAGAGGCAACAGUCUCUGGCCUUGUCAGACCAGGAGAAUAUCCAUCAUAUUCAGAGGAACUCUCCCGUCGUCCUACUUGUCCCAGCCGCAAAGGUGAUGGACUCUGGCAGCAUGUGUGCUAGCCCAGAUGCCUUGGGGAGCAAACCUGAAAGCAAAGAUCUUACCAAAAUACUUAAUAGGACGCUUUCACCUAUUGGGACACCAGAGAGAUUUAAGAAACUCAUGCCUUGUAUUCAGUCACACAGCCCAGUUCCUGCUACUGUAAAGUCUGUGGCUGUGGAGACUGUUAACAGUGAGUUAACUAGAACCCCAGUUCUAUCUUUGAAAGAUGCAUUGGCCCUCAUUGACUCUGACCUGAGCCACAUUAACACCAGUCCUCGAGACUCUAAUUCUAGCUGUGAUUUCUCAGAUUCACUGGAAUCCAAGAGUGGAAGCCACGGCUGUGGACCCGACAGAAACGUCCUCAAAGCAUUACCCGAUAGCCCAGAGCUGACGGAGUCGACUGAGCCGAGACUGACUUUCUUUGUCAGCAAAAAGGUUGUUGUGAAUGAGGUUGUUGUUUCAGAGGCUGAUAAGGUCACGGAAAUGGUAAAAAAGACUUCUUUUACCUCAGCCACAGUGAUCAAGAGCAAAGCACCAGUGGAGGAAAACAGUUUGAGUGGAAGGAAGAUAAAGAAGUCAAGACGAAGGCUCUUGGAGAAAACACUCGAGCUGUCUGACAGCAGCAGUCAGUGUGAGUCAGGACCAAACACUCCUAGACUUCCGGUUAUAGAUCCAGACACAGGACCUAAGGGAUGGCAAAACUCUGAGGUGACCAGCCAUCUUUGUGAUGACACACAUCAAGUCCUGGAGUUUACCUCCUCUAGCCCGACUCCACGACCCCACACCUCGGCCACACCCAUCACCUUCCCUAUCACCUCCCCUCCAUCCGCGCCUCCUACUCGCUUCUCUUUCUCAGUCACCUCCCCACCUCCUGCAGCCCCUGCUUCCAUUGCUUUUACCGUCACCUCUCCGUCGCCCUCGGGCUCAUCUUCUCCUCUUUACCGCAACCUCUCAUCAAGCCCUAAAGUAUAUGAGCAGCCCCCAACCCUUUCUGCACCUCCGUCCGUUCAAGAGGACUCAUUUCCCAUUCACAUGGCAGUGAAGAGCAAGAAGAGGAAAAGUGAAGAGUAUUUGAAAAGUGACGCGGCGGUAGAGGACGCCGGGAAAACUGCCAGGGUCAAAAGGAGCAAGGUGGCGGCUGGAAAAACCAAGCCCUCAGUGCAGGAGAGGAGAAGUGCAUCACAGGGGCAACAGCAGAGAACAGCAGGCUCAGUGCGCUCGGGUGACUACAUCAUCUCUAAAGUAGCACACGGUCUGCUGUUCCUGCCCGAGCAAAGCCUCCAAGCUCCCAAACCCACCUCACGAGGUGCCCCGUCUCUGAAGUCAUCCGCUGCUUCAUCUGUGAAGAUGGCAAAAGUCGUAGCAGUAGCGCAGUCAAAGCUGACCUUUAUUAAGCCGGUGCAAACAGCCAUACCUAGGCACCCGAUGCCGUUUGCCGCCAAGAACAUGUUCUACGAUGAGAGGUGGAUUGAGAAGCAGGAGAGGGGAUUCACAUGGUGGAUCAACUAUGUCCUCACCCCAGAUGACUUUAAAGUCAACACUGAAGUUGCUAAAGUGAGUGCUGUAUCUCUUGCCAUUGGCAACAACGACAACUUCAGUGUGCCUAAAGCUCCCACCAAAGAGGAGAUGUCUUUCAGCACCUACACGGCUCGGCGGAAGAUUAACCGCCUCCGUCGUUCUGCCUGCCAGCUGUUCACAUCGGAGGCAAUGGUCAAGGCUAUUCAGAGGCUCGAACUGGAGGUGGAGGCCAAGCGGCUGCUUGUCCGGAAAGACCGCCACCUGUGGAAGGACAUAGGUGAACGCCGAAAAGUCCUCAACUGGCUUCUUUCGUACAAUCCGCUCUGGUUACGGAUAGGACUUGAGACCAUCUACGGGGAGUUGAUCUCGCUUGAGAGCAACAGCGAUGCCUUGGGUCUGGCUAUGUUCAUCCUCCAGCGGCUGCUGUGGAACCCGGACAUCGCGGCUGAGUUCAGACACCCCAAAGUGCCUCACCUUUACAAAGAUGGCCACGAGGAGGCGCUGUCCCGCUUUACACUGAAGAAGCUGCUCCUGCUGGUGUGUUUCCUGGACAAAGCCAAAGAGUCCCGACUGAUUGAGCACGACCCCUGUCUGUUCUGUGUGGACGCAGAGUUCAAGACGAGUAAAGACCUGCUCCUGGCCUUCUCCAGGGACUUCCUGAGCGGAGAGGGAAUCCUUCCCCGGCACCUCGGCUACCUCGGGUUACCCGUCUCCCACGUUCAGAUGCCCCUGGACGAGUUCAACUUCGCCGUGAAGAAUUUGGCAGUCGACUUGAAAUGCGGCAUUCGUCUAGUGCGUGUGAUGGAGCUUCUCAUCCAGGACUGGAGUUUGUCGGCGAAACUCCGGCUGCCAGCCAUCAGCCGCCUGCAGAAGGUCCACAACGUCGACAUCGCUCUGCAAGGGCUCAAAAGCAAAGGGGUCGACCUCAAGGAUGAACACGGCUCCACCAUUGAUUCCAGAGAUAUUGUGGAUGGACACAGAGAGAAGACGUUGAGCCUCUUGUGGAAAAUCAUCUUCACAUUUCAUGUGGAGGUGAUUUUGGAUGAGGAUCAGCUGAGAGAGGAGAUCGGCUUCCUGAAGAGAACCUUGAGAACCAAACGGAAGCUGGUGUCUCUCAGGGCCGAUCGCGGCCUUCAGCCGAGUCCCGCAAAGACCCGGGCACCGUACGAGCACAGCAGCACCAAGAUUACCCUGCUGAUGGACUGGGUCCGUGCUGUGUGUGACUUCUACAAUCUGAAGGUGGAGAACUUCACCGUGACAUUCUCGGAUGGCCGCGUCCUCUGCUACCUUAUCCACCACUACCACCCCAGUCUCCUGCCAGAGGAGGCUGUCAGUCACAGCACCACACAGACCGUUGAGUGCUCACCGAGGGGCCGCCUGGAGCUCAGCUGCUCAGCCAGCGACUCUGACAGCUCCUUUGACUCCUUGCCGACAGGCCUGAACGAGUCUCCAUCAGUAGAAUUUAAAGAGCUACUCGAAAAUGAGAAAAGCAACUUCAGACUGGUCAACACUGCUGUGGCUUUCCUGGGCGGAGUUCCUGCCAUGAUCAACCCGGCUGACAUGUCCAACACCAUCCCCAAUGAGAAGAUUGUGAUGUCUUACCUGACCUUCUUAUGUGCUCGCCUGCUGGACCUGCGGAACGAGACCAGAGCAGCUCGGGUCAUACAGGGAGCCUGGAGGAAAUACAGACUAAAGAAAGAUCUACAGCUCUACAAGGAAAGAAACGUGGCUGCUGUGAAAAUCCAGUUAGUUGUGAGGAGUUUUCUCCAGAAGCGCAGAGCCAAGAGGCAAAAUCAAGCCGCCGUCAUCAUCCAGUCAGUCUGGAGGGGUUAUGUAGCACGCAACAGGCUGAGGCUGAAGAAAGAGGCUCAACUUCGGGCUCUGCAGCAUAAAGCAGCAACCAUCAUCCAGAGAGGCUAUAGAAGAUGGAAAGCCCAGAAAACGGAAAAGGAAAACUGUGCUGCCAAAGCGAUACAAGCUGUGUUUAAGAAAUGGUACAAGGAAAAAAUGGCGAAACGAAUUGCGGCUGCUGUAAGGAUUCAGUCUUGGUACAGAAUGCAGAGGUGUCUCCAUCAAUACAGAAAAAUCAAAAGAAGUGCUGUGUUCAUUCAAGCUCAGUACAGAGGUCACGCACAGAGGCACUGCUUUAAGAUGUUGAAGCUACAGCAGCACUCGGCUAUUGUCAUCCAGAGUGCGUUCAGAGGGCAUGCUGUCAGAAAACAGGUGGCAAGGAUGAGAUGUGCUACAAUCACAAUUCAGCGCUGGUUCAGGGCCACUGUGAGAAGAGACGGGGAAAGGCAAAUGUUUGUGAGGCUGAGAUAUGCUGCUGUUACCAUACAGGCAGUCUAUCGUGGAAAAGUGGCCCGGGAGUUGCUGAAAAAGCAGCACAGGGCAGCAGCGGUGAUCCAGGCAGCUUUCAGGAGGCAUGCUGCCCAAAGACGCUACCUUGCCUUGAGAAAAGCUGUAGCUGUGAUACAGCAGAAGUACAGAGCCACAAUCUUGGCUCGUAAGACAAUGAAGGAUUUUGAGGCUCUCAGGAAUGCUGCGCUCCUUAUACAAGCUAUCUGGAGAGGCAGAGCUGACAGGAUCAGGAUAGAAAACUGGCAUCAGCGUGCAACUCUGAUACAGGCUUACUAUCGACGGCACCAAGUGCAAGCAGUUUACAGGUCAAAGAAGGCAGCAGCUGUAGUCAUACAACGUCACUACAGAGCUUAUGUGGCUGGAGAGGAGAUGAGGAAAGCAUACCUGUACAAGAGAGCAGCCUGUGUUACUCUUCAAGCUGGAUUCAGAGGCAUGAGAGUUAGGACAGAGCUUAAGAAAAAGCAACAGGCAGCAACCGUCAUUCAGUCUUCAGUUAGGAUGUUUUUAUGUAGGAAAAGAUAUUUUCUCCUCCAAAGUGCAGCAAUUAUUAUCCAAAGUCGUUACAGAGCCCUCCUCCUCUGCAAAGCACAGCAAAAUGAGUACAGAGAGCUAAAGCAGGCUACCAUAAAGAUACAAGCUGUCUACCGGGGCUUUAGAGUUAGAGAAGACCUAAAGAAAAAGCACAACGCUGCCAGAGCAAUCCAAGCUCAGUUCAGGAUGCACAGAAUGCGCAUGGCUUACCUUGCCAUCAAGUGUGCUGCCAUUAUUAUUCAGGAACGCUACAGAGCCAAAAUGCUCAGGGAUCAACAGUUGCAGGGGUACAGAACGAUGAAAUCUGCGGCUGUAGUCAUCCAGGCCGCAUAUCGUGGCCACAAGGCCAGGAGGAAGGUCACAGAGAUGCACCGAGCUGCUACAGUCCUUCAGAGAAAAUUCCUCACAAUCAGAGAUAGAAAAAGGUUUUUAGCUGUCAAGGCAGCAGCUUUGGUUUGUCAGCAGAGGUACAGAGCAGUGACCAUGGCAAGAAAAGACCGUCUGGAGUAUCUGUCAAAGCACAGGGCAGUCAUUUGUCUGCAAGCAGCCUACAGAGGAUAUAACGUCAGAAAGCAGUUGCGUAUCCAGCGUACGGCAGCUGUAAUGAUUCAGUCUCACUUCCGAAAGUACCAGCAGAAGAUCUACUACAAGAGGCUGUGCUGGGCUGCCAAUGUAGUGCAAGCACGUUAUAGAGCCAAUAAAGACAUGAGAGAGAAGAUGCACGCCCUGAGUGCCAAGAGAAAGGCUGCUGUUGUCUUACAAGCUGCCUUCCAUGGAAUGAAAUGCAGACGAAUCAUCAAACAAAGGCAUCAGGCUGCCAGCGUUAUCCAAAGAGCUUACAAAGCCCACUGUGAACGCAAGCAGUACCUUACCUUAAAAUCCUCUGUCCUCACCAUUCAGCGGAGGUAUCGGGCCACUGUAGCAGCAAAAGAACAAAUGCAAAAACACCAAAGAUUGCGCAGAGCCGCUGUCGUCCUUCAGGCAGCAUACAGAGGGCAGCAGGUCAGAAAGGAGGUGGCUCGUCGGCAUCAGGCCGCCACUGUGAUCCAGUCUGUGUUCAGAAAACACAGAGAGGAAGUCAAAUUCCAGGCCAUGCGACUCUCUGCCAUCAUCAUCCAGAGAUACUAUCGCUCCUGUGUUCUUCAAAGAAAACAAAGAGAAAAGUUCCUAAAAAUGAGACGUUCUGCUAUUGUUCUUCAGGCAGCUCUCAGAGGUCACUGUGUGCGAAGCAACAUUGCCAAGAAGCACAUGGCAGCUACUGUCAUUCAAGCAAACUUCAAGAGGCACAAGCAGCAGUCAGCUUUCAAGAGACAACACUGGGCAGCCUGUGUCUUACAGCAGAGGUUUAGAGCUCAGAGAUGGAGAAACCUCCAGAUGAAACAUUUUCAAAACCGUAGAAAAGCAGCCAUCGUAUUACAGGCUGCUUAUCGUGGAAUGAAAUCAAGGGGGAACAUCAGACAAAGUCACCAUGCUGCCAGCGUUAUCCAAAGAGCUUACAAAGCCCACUGUGAACGCAAGCAGUACCUUACCUUAAAAUCCUCUGUCCUCACCAUUCAGCGGAGGUAUCGGGCCACUGUAGCAGCAAAGGAACAAAUGCAAAAACACCAAAGAUUGCGCAGAGCAGCUGUCGUCCUUCAGGCAGCAUACAGAGGGCAGCAGGUCAGAAAGGAGGUCGCUCGUCGGCAUCAGGCCGCCACUAUGAUCCAGUCUGUGUUCAAAAAACACAGAGAGGAAGUCAAAUUCCAGGCCAUGCGACUCUCUGCCAUCAUCAUCCAGAGAUACUAUCGGGCUCAUGUUCUCCAGAGGCUGGACAGAGAAAAGUUCCUAAAAAUGAGACGUUCUGCUAUUGUUCUUCAGGCAGCUCUCAGAGGUCACUGUGUGCGAAGCAACAUUGCCAAGAAGCACAUGGCAGCUACUGUCAUUCAAGCAAACUUCAAGAGGCACAAGCAGCAGUCAGCUUUCAAGAGACAACGCUGGGCAGCCUGUGUCUUACAGCAGAGGUUUAGAGCUCAGAGAUGGAGAAACCUCCAGAUGAAACAUUAUCAUAAAUGCAGAAAAGCAGCCAUCGUGUUACAGGCUGCUUAUCGUGGAAUGAAGUCCAGACAAACCAUCAAACAAAGUCACUAUGCUGCUAGUGUUAUCCAGAGAGCAUAUAAAGCCCACUGUGAACGAAGGCAGUAUCUGACCUUAAAAUCCUCUGUCCUCGCUAUUCAGCGGAGGUAUCGGGCCACUGUAGCAGCAAAGGAACAAAUGCAAAAACACCAAAGAUUGCGCAGAGCAGCUGUCGUCCUUCAGGCAGCAUACAGAGGGCAGCAGGUCAGAAAGGAGGUGGCUCGUCGGCAUCAGGCCGCCACUGUGAUCCAGUCUGUGUUCAGAAAACACAGAGAGGAAGUCAAAUUCCAGGCCAUGCGACUCUCUGCCAUCAUCAUCCAGAGAUACUAUCGCUCCUGUGUUCUUCAAAGAAAACAAAGAGAAAAGUUCCUAAAAAUGAGACGUUCUGCUAUUGUUCUUCAGGCAGCUCUCAGAGGUCACUGUGUGCGAAGCAACAUUGCCAAGAAGCACAUGGCAGCUACUGUCAUUCAAGCAAACUUCAAGAGGCACAAGCAGCAGUCAGCUUUCAAGAGACAACGCUGGGCAGCCUGUGUCUUACAGCAGAGGUUUAGAGCUCAGAAACAGAGAAACCUUCAGUUAAAACAUUAUCAAGAGGUCACAAAAGCUGUUAUUAAUCUACAAGCUGCCUUCCGUGGAAUGAUAUCCAGAAGAAUCAUCAAACAAAGGCUUAAGGCUGUCAGUGUUAUCCAGAGAGCUUACAGGGCGUACUCCCAACGCAAGCAGUAUCUGAACUUUAAACAGUCCGUCCUCGCCAUUCAGCAAAAAUAUCGGGCAACUGUAGCAGCUAAAGCACAAAGAACACAAUACUUGGAAAUGCGCAGAGCAGCCAUCAUCCUUCAGGCAGCAUACAGAGGGCAGCAGGUCAGAAAGGAGGUGGCUCGUCGGCAUCACGCCGCCACUGUGAUCCAGUCUGUGUUCAGAAAGCACAGAGAGGAAGUCAAAUUCCAGGCCAUGCGACUGUCUGCCAUCAUCAUCCAGAGAUACUAUCGCUCCUGUGUUCUUCAAAGACAAGAAAGAGAAAAGUUUCUGAAAACAAAACAAUCCACCAUCAUCCUUCAGGCAGCAUUUAGAGGCUGGUGCGUCAGGAGGGAAAUUAGCCGACAACAUCAAAUUGCCAUUGUGAUCCAGUCGUGCUGGAGAUGUUCAGUGCAGAGGCGAAUCUUCCAAAGGAAGAGAGAGGCAGCUGUGACACUUCAGCGCAGGAUCAGGGCAGUGCAGCUCGGCAGGGUGGAGAGGAACAACUACAUCCGUAAGAGGCACGCUGCCAUCACGCUUCAGACACACGGCCGAGCCUGGAUAGCAAGACGACAGGCACGAGACGCAGCCAAGGCAGAGAAGAGGCUCCGUUUUACGUCUGCAGUCUUCCAUCAUCUCAGCGCCAUAAAGAUCCAACGAGCCCUGAGAGCCCACUGGGCUUUGGAGUCGGCUAAAAGACAAAUCCAUUCCGUCAUCACCGUUCAGCGAUGGGUGAGAUCGAGGCAGCAGAGGGGACGGUAUCUGGAGGACAGGAGAAAGGUGGUUACAGCCCAGCGAGCAAUCAAGCGCUGGUUAGCCCGUCGCCACAAAGCUGCAUCCGUCAUCCAGGAGGCCGUCCGGAAAUUCCUCCUUCUCAGGCGCCAGGAGAGGGUUCAAGAGGGGAUUGUCAAAGCACAGGCUCUGUGGAGAGGACACCGCUCCCGCCGACUGAAUGACAAUCCCAAGGUGGUGAAGUUGAGACACCGCUUACGCCAAGUCUCCGCUGGCGUCCGAGAGGAGGACAAACUGUGCAACAAGACGUCGUCUGCACUGGACUACCUCCUUCGAUACAAACACUUCUCCUACAUUCUAGAGGCCCUGAAAAACCUGGAGACGGCCACCAGGCUGUCCCCAGAGUGCUGUGAGCGGCUGGUAGAGAGCGGCGCCACCAAUGUCAUCUUCACACUCAUCCGCUGCUGCAACAGGAGCGUCCCCUGCAUGGACGUCAUCACCUUCUCCAUCCAAAUCCUCCUUAACCUCUCAAAGUACCACAAAACUACUGAGGCUGUGUAUUUGGUGGAAAACUCUGUGGAGACGCUGCUGGAUCUGCUACAGAGAUACCGGGAGAAGGCGGGGGAUAAAGUGGCUGAAAAAGGCGGCAGCAUCUUCACCAAGGCCUGCUUUCUUCUUGCACUCCUGCUGCAAGACAAGCACCGUGCUGUGGAGGUUAUGAAGCUACCCAAGGUCAUAGAUAGGAUACGCAGCAUUUACCGCCUCACUGCUCGCAAACACAAGAUGGACGCAGAAAGAACUGUUAUCAAACAGAAGAUGAACGCCUCAAUCAACGGGAGCUUCUUUGUCCAAGCAACACCUCGUAAAUCCAGACCUGCACCAAAGUUUGCACCAGAGUGGGUUCUCAGAAAGGACAAGCUCAAAGACAUUGUGGACCCUCUCAUGGCCAUUCAAAUGGUCGCAGACACUCUGUCCAUUGUGUUGUAAAUAGACAAGCUUUCAAAUCUUUUUCCUCAUGAUCUUAUUGUUUUCCCUUCAGAAAAUUGUUUUGUUUUGUUUUGUUUUUUUUGUUUUUUACCAAUAUAUUUUCCAUGUGUCCCAUGUAUAUAUUAAAAUGGACUUGCUUCUUAAACAUGGACUAGUUUCAUGUAUCUCUCUCUAAUAUGUUUACUUCAUAUUCCUUGGCUAGAUUUUCAUAGGCAGAGAGAAACUGUGCUAACUGGUCAUUUUUUGUAAUUGCAGCUCUUUAUUAACGCCACUAAAUGUAAUGUCAGAGCUAAAAGCGAAGGGAUUACUACAGUACUUCGUCCUGAGGGGGGGGGGGCAUGAAUGUGCGUAGCAGAAUUUAAGGCAAUCCAUCAACUAGUUGAGACAUUUUACUCAAAAGCACAAAUUUGAACCACAUGGUGGCGCUAGAGUCAAGGUAUCACUAAAGUCAGUAGGAUUUACCUACAAAGAACCAUACAUAUGUGUAAACUGUUGUGCCAAGCCAUCCAGCUGUGUGUGAAAACUUAAAAGUCAGGGGAUCACCAAAAUCCAUAGGAUUCAUGACAAUCCAUCCAAUAGUUGAGAUUAAUUAAGAUCUAUGAUUUAUAUUUGUAUUGCAAAACAGCUCUGGAAUAUGUUAAAAAUUAAAGAGAUAAUGGGAGUCCCUCAGUGGCUCACCUAGUAGACUGUGUACCAUUAAGGCUUAAUCCUAGCCGCAGCAUCCCGGGUUGAAGUCAGGCCUGUGGCCCUACAUGUCAUCCCCCCUCUCUCACUGCAGCUGGAGUAAAGGCAUAAAAAGCCAGAAAAACUUAAAAACAAAAUAGAUUUCAAUUACAUUCAAGGGAUAAUAAGACAGGAAUAUCAAUACAUUUCAUUCUUUUGUUCCCUUAAAAUUAACUAAUGUUGAAAAAUGAGCAAUUCAUUCAACUUUUUGUUGUGACUUCAGCUCCAUUGAGCUGUUAAUUCAGUUGUAUAGUUGUAUUUUUAAGCUCCAUAUCAGAGUCACGGCUGAAUUUUAAAAAGUUUAUUUGUAAUAGU